UCUUCUCGUGCCUUCCUCACUUUAUAACACCCUUUACCCCUUCUCCUCGUGUGACUCUCUCUUCAUCAAAACAAAACAACCUUAUUCUCAGUUUCUCAAAAAUAUCAAUCAACCACAGCACCCAAUAUCUCUCAGAUGAUGCCCCCUCAGCAAGAAACCGCCGUCACAUCAAACAUUCCGGCCAUCCCCAACCGCCCGGAAAACAGCUCCGUCCAUGCCGAACCACCGAGCUCCGCCACCCAUCAUGACACCAAACCCACUUUCAUCACCAAUGACAACACUCACAACAUUAAUAAUUCUCAUCCUUCUCCUUCACCACCCAGAUUUUCUAUUCUUCGCCAAUCCAUGCGCCCCAUUACCCUCAAAUUUGAGGAUGUUUCCUACACCAUAAACUUUGGAAGGGACAAGAAUGGUUGUGUAGCUUCUCAAAAGCCAAAGGUUACAAGGACAGUGUUGAAUGGUGUGACGGGUAUGGUGGGACCCGGCGAGGUGAUGGCAAUGUUGGGCCCCUCAGGGAGUGGCAAGACCACCUUGCUCACCGCCCUCGCCGGCCGUCUCGCCGGAAAACUCUCCGGCGCCGUCACGUACAACGGCCACCCUUUCUCCAGCUCCAUCAAACGCAACAUAGGGUUUGUGUCACAAGAUGACAUAUUGUAUCCUCACCUCACCGUGCUCGAGACUCUAACCUAUGCUGCCAUGUUGAGACUUCCCAAAAGUUUGACAAAGGAAGAGAAAAGGGAACAAGUUGAAAUGAUCAUUGUGGAACUAGGGCUAUCCCGGUGCCGGAACAGCCCGGUUGGCGGCAGCACCGCCUUGUUCCGGGGGAUAUCCGGCGGGGAGCGAAAGCGGGUCAGCAUCGGGCAAGAGAUGCUGGUGAACCCUAGUUUGUUGUUGCUCGAUGAGCCGACGUCAGGGUUGGACUCCACCACGGCCCAGCGCAUCGUGGCGAUGCUCCAGAGCCUCGCCCGAUGCGGCCGGACCGUGGUGACGACCAUACACCAGCCCUCGAGCCGGUUGUAUAGGAUGUUUGAUAAGGUGGUGGUGUUGUCGGACGGGUACCAAAUUUUUACCGGGCCAACGGGUCGGGUCAUGGAUUAUCUCGAGUCCAUUGGGUUUGCACCCGCUUUCAACUUCAUGAACCCGGCUGAUUUUCUGCUUGACCUCGCUAAUGGCAUAGUUGCUGAUGUCAAACAGGAUGAUCACAUAGAUCAUCAUGAGGAUCAAGCUUCAAUCAAACAGUUCCUAGUUUCAUCAUAUAAGAAGAACUUAUACCCUCUUCUCAAGCAAGAGAUUCAACAGAAUCAAAGAGGACUGGUAUUUUCUACUUCAGGAACACCUAGAAGUUCUGAGAACCAAUGGACCACUAGCUGGUGGGAGCAAUUCAUGGUUCUGCUUAAGAGGGGUUUAAAGGAAAGGAGACAUGAAUCAUAUUCUGGCUUAAGAAUUUUCCAAGUCUUGACUGUCUCUAUUCUCUCAGGACUUCUGUGGUGGCAUUCUGAUCCCUCGCAUAUACAAGACCAGGUAGGUCUGUUAUUCUUCUUCUCAAUCUUCUGGGGGUUCUUCCCUCUCUUCAAUGCCAUCUUUGCUUUUCCUUUGGACCGGCCAAUGCUGAAGAAAGAAAAAUCAUCAGGCAUGUACCAUCUAUCUUCCUACUAUGUAGCCAGAAUGGUAGGUGACUUACCAAUGGAGCUUGUGCUUCCUACCAUCUUUGUAACCAUCUCUUAUUGGAUGGGGGGUCUCAAGCCAUCUCUGGUCACAUUUGUGUUAACCCUCUUGAUCAUGCUUUUCAAUGUGCUGGUUUCUCAAGGAAUAGGCCUAGCACUUGGGGCCAUUCUAAUGGAUGUCAAACAGGCCACAACCUUAGCUUCAGUAACUAUGUUGGUGUUUCUUCUGGCUGGAGGGUACUACAUUCAGCAAAUGCCAUCCUUUAUAGCUUGGUUGAAGUACAUUUCUUUCAGCCACUAUUGCUACAAGCUUCUUGUUGGAGUGCAGUACUCAGUGAAUGAGGUCUAUGAGUGUGGACCAGGGUUGCAUUGUAGGAUGAGAGAUUUUCCUGCCAUAAAGUGUCUAGGGCUUGAUGGUUUGUGGGGAGAUGUGGCUGUAUUGACUGUGAUGUUGAUUGGAUACAGGGUUGUGGCUUAUUUGGCUUUAAGGAUGGGGCUGCAUCAUUAAUUAGAGACUUAUUAGUAGAUUAAGGAUUCAGGGAAAUAAUAUUGAUUUACAUCUUUGUUGUU